GUGUGUUAUUAUUCUCAGUAAUCAAAUAUCGUAAAUUCAGCGGUUUGUGGCGCGGCGAAUGGCGACACUCCUGCGAGAGCCAGUCGCCUGCCACUCGCCUAUCUAAGUUAACGUGUAAUAAAUUAUAAAUUUAUAAAUGUAAUAAAGUAGUUCAGCAUAUACAGUAUUUUAUUGGAAGACCCCAGCCUCUGUACACUAAACUGGUGACCCCGACGAAGAACUCUCGAAGAAAGUUUGUAGUGAAGGGAAUCGGCGUAAUUAGUGACAUUGGCUGUGGGGUAAGUUUUGUUCGAGAUCAAAUUCCACGCGGCACGGCGACAGGAAGUUAGCGUGACGCAAUCGAAGAGCGCGCGUGGCACGUGGCGACUACAGCGGCAGGCGGCUCACAAGCUCAUCGGCUAGUAACUCAUCGGCUUAAUAAUGAAUAAAGCAGCAGCUUCAGACACGCAGAUCAAGGAAGAGGCGUCAGGCGCGGCGUUGGCAUCGAUAAGCGUGUCCACCAAGCUACCAGAAUUUUGGACAGACUUGCCAAGGUUAUGGUUCGCACAGUUCGAGUCUGUGAUGGCCCCACAGAAGCAGGGGGAAGAGACCAAAUUCAACCUGGUCAUAUCGAAACUCGGAAAAGAGGCCAUUCAGCAGGUCAGCGACCUCGUGAUGUCACCACCCGCCCAGGACAGGUAUACGGCGCUUAAGGAGAGGCUGCUGCAGGUUUAUGAAGAGAGUGCCGAAAGACAAAUGCAGAAGUUGGUGUCGGAGCUGGAAUUGGGUUCGCAAAGACCCUCCCAGUUUUUAAGGCGCAUGAAGGAUCUGGGUCGCAGCGCACAAAUUGCGGACAACACACUCAAGAGCCUGUGGUUGUCGAAAAUGCCGUCAUCAGUUCGAGCAGUCAUGGCGGUUUGUGAAGAUCAGUCUCUGGACAAGCUGGCGGCCAUGGCAGACAAGAUUACCGAAUACACCAACGUCGGGGAUGUGGCAGCCGUGUCAUGCAAGAAGGAAACAGAUGAGCAGCCGGACGAGAAGAUGAGCAGAUUGGAGCUGGAGGUUGCAGCGCUCCGCGCCGAACUGAGGGGUCGCGAGCGCUCUAGGAGCAACGACAGACGGACCGACUUCAGGAGAAGAUCGACAUCGCGGCCGAGAAGAGCACCUGGAGACCCGGACUGGCUGUGCCGUUUUCACUUUCGGUACAGAUCGAGAGCUAACCGCUGCGAGCAACCCUGCGCGUGGCGAGCCAAGCAGUCGGGAAACUAGACGGAGUACAUGCGGGCGCGGUGGACGGAUGUACUCAAGGUCAGGACAUCACGCGCCCGCCAGCCUUCAAGGAUGUCCCAGAGCAUUCCGUGUAUCAUCACAUCGAGACUACUGGACCACCUGUGCACGCGCGUGCCAGGAGGUUACCGGCCGACAG